CUCAGGUCGACAUUAACUCGGAACGUUGGACGACCAAACAUGUUGAACGCGAGGCUGAUUCUAAGGCUCUUGAAACGUCUGUGCCAAGUGUUGGCAACACUCAUAACUUCAUCUGCCCAAAGAUUGCGAAUCCUCGUGAUUUACUUUCGACACUUUGUGGCCAAGUUGAACUUGAAGAUUCGUGGUUUUUCCAGGCACAAUACUAACUCGACGAAAUCCUCUCCUGCAGACUGUUGUACUGUGCCGACCAGCACUUCCGGUGUGCGAUGUCCCCCCGUCAACUUACCAUUGCCGCUUCACAACCAGCAAAUAACUUCAGCAAGUCCAGCAAGCAGCACGCAAAAUGCGUUGUUGUCUUCGGUGCCAAUGCCUGUACCAUGCAUUCCCCAGCAACCCAUUCCGCCUCAGACGUCUUCGCCUCUACAAGUUCCUAACGCAAAUCCUUCUAGUGCUACAGCCACCACUCCCAUGCUUGUGCCAUUUGCUGCGAAUGACAUUUCGCGAUACGAUAAUCGUCCUUUUGUAGACACAGCUAAAAAGCGCGAUGUAAUUCCAGCACUCAUGAGACAGUUCCCCAACGAAUCAUGUCCGUGGCUGAGCGGUGAUUGGAAGUCAUGUGUACACCCGGAAGGCGUACUGUAUUUGUACAACGAACGCCGGAGUGUAUUCACAGAAGCAACCAUGGAUCGCAGCAUGUUCGAGUUGCUCGACAAAUGCGUAGAUGAGUUAAAUGAACUAGCGAAAACAAAAUCAGUGGAUCUCGGAGCUGAUGAUAUUGAGCUCGUCGUGCAACUAGCGCAGACUGAAACCGGAGAUGCACAAGUGUUUUGUUAUUAUUAUUUCAUCGACCACAAAGCUCGAACACUCUUUUGGCUACACGAUUACAAUCAAGCGACAGAUGAUAUUUUUAGUGGGCUCCGAGGCGUCGCCGAUCCGAGCCAUAUCGGAUAUUCCCUGGAGGCUGAGUACUGGACGCACUGCGAAUCCUACCCGGACCACCAGAUGGAUAGACCGAAGAUCAUCAAGGAACUAAGGGAGCUUGUCAUGCAUGCAAGUGCAGAGAUCAUCACUUCAGACACGUCCUUGUCGCCUUUUGAUGGAGAUGAACUCUCCAAAAUCUUGGAGUUGAUAAACCAUCUCAAAGAGAAUGAUCUAGACAAUGACCCACAUUCCACUUGUGUUAUUGCGAGAUUCAUGCAUUACUUUUAUAGAGCCAAGUUCUUCAACUUCUGCGGUCUACCUUACGCUCGUCUUGAAGCCGAUAAAUCGGUGUACGAGGAAGAUCAAAACUUUCACCCACUAACCAGUAGUGUUUCUUUUGCUCUCGACGCCAUGCUUUUUUGGGCUCCUCAAUCACACUUGGAAGAUCUUCAAAAAGUGUGGGUGGAUGAAUGCAUCAAUACGCCGCGGUGGAAAGACUUCAACAAAAACCUCAUGACAGAAUGGACUGGGAUCACAAUCUACUCCACUGUCAUGUUAGCAGUAGACGUAAGUUUCCUUGCAGUGCCGAAUGUGAAUAUUAGCCAGUCGCAGUCGAUCGGGAUUAUCGUCACCUAUCUCUCCAUCAUCUUCAUCACUGGCUCCUUGAUCGUCUCAGUCCUGCUGGUGCGACAGAACCAAAGAUAUGGUUUUGAACCAGCGGACAAAGCAACGCAUUUUCUGUCUCAUAUGACGGGGACAUUUUUCGGAAUGAGAGCCCUUGCCACGGUUCACGGUCUUCCCUACGCAAUGCUUAUGUGGGGGAUGAUAUACUUUGCAAUCGCCAUUCUGUACAAUGUGUUCAAGUUUACGACAGUGCCCAUGCUGGCAUCAGUUGUCAGCGGGUGCGUGAUCAUUACCAUGUUCAUUUUUUGGUUCAUCUGGGCAGCAAGAGAGUUCCGUCUUUUCCCGCGACUGGCAAAGUCCAUUUUCCCCUCAGUACUAGCGAGACCUUAGUGCAGACUUCCAGAUUUUUAUAUAUGCAAUGGC